CGAGUCCCCGGCCGCCGCAAAGACCCCUCGGAGGCGGCGGGACAGAGCCCCGACGAUCGGACCGACGGACGGGCCCCGGGGAGCAGGGCCGAUGGACGCCUUCAGCAGCAAGAGCCUGGCCCUGCAGGCGCAGAAGCAGCUCCUGGGCAAGGUGGCCUCGAGGGCCGCGGCGGCCGCCUUCCUGGACGAGGCGAGCAGCGCGGUGCUGGACGAGCUGUACCGGGCCACCAAGGAGUUCACGCGCAGCCGCGCGGAGGCGCGGAGGCUGGCGCGCGGCCUGGUGAAGGUGGCGCUGAAGGUGGCCCUGCUGCUCCGCGGCGGCGUCCUGGGCGCCGACGGGCUGGCCGCGCUGGGGCGCCUCCGCCAGCGCGCGCGCCGCCUGGCCCUGACGGCCCUGACCUUCCAGCAGGUGGCCUUCUCCUUCGACCGGCGCGUGCUGGCCGCCGGCCUGCUCGAGUGCCGCGACCUGCUGCUCCAGGCCGCCGGGCCGCACCUCACCGCCAAGUCCCGCGGCCGCAUCGGCCACGUCUUCGGCCGCCUGGCCGACGGCGACUUCCUGGCCGCGCUCUACGGGCCCGCCGAGCCCUACCGCUCGCACCUGGGCCGCCUCUGCGACGGCCUCUCCAGGAUGCUGGACGACGGCAGCAUCUGAGCCCCGCGCCCCCGGGGUCGCUUCACCCUCCUCACCCCCCCACCGUGGCCGCGCUCCCCGGACAGCUGGCCGUCCCCUUCGGGGGACGCUGACCCGUCUGAAACAGCAGAUUUAACGACCACGUCGCCUCUCUUCCCGCCCGACCUCCGCGGGGAGCGGGAUUCAGCGUGGGGACCCCCACCACGCGCCCCCAGAGCGCCGUCCGCCCGGGGCCACCUGUCGUGGCCGCGGUAGCCGGUGGGUGACCCGCCCGCACCCUCAAAUCCCUUGACGUGUCCGAAAGCCGGGCUCCCCACUCCCUGUGUCUGGGCUUUUCGUCCUUCACACGGGGUCACGGUGAACCGGGAGGGAGUGGGACGGGGGAGCUGUGUCCCCCAAAUUCCUCUGCUGAAGUCCUAACCCCCAGCGCCUCCGAGUAUGACCUCAUUUGGAAAUAGGGUCGUUACGCAUGUCAUUAGUUAAGUCGGGUCAGACCACAGGGUGGCCCUGAUCCCGUGUGACCGCUGUCCUUAGAUAAAGGGGAUGUUUGUGCCCAGACGCAGAGAAGGGCGUAUGGAGGUACAAGCAGAAACAGGAGGGGGGUGUCUACCAGCCAGGGGACCCCAAGGAUGGCCGGCGACCCCCGGCAGCCUGGGGAGAGGGCAGAUCGGCCCUCAGAGGGAGCCACCCCGCUGACCCCGAUCUCAGACUCCGGCUCCAGAACUGGGAGCGCACGAGUGUCUGUUGUUCCGGCCGCCUGUCCGGGGUACCCUGCCCGCAGCCCCAGGACCGAUCAUGGGGAGCUGGCUGAGGGCUGCGGUGGGGCCGUCGCGAGGACGCCCCCAUCUGGUUGGGACCGCAGCCCUGGCUCCCACGUGGGAGGGGACAGAGCGUGUGGAUUCGCGAUUUUUGUUGUCAGAAGGGGGCAUGGGUAUAAAAGGUUGCACAACACGGCUGCAGGUCUGGCCAUGUCGGCGUCGGGAGGGUGUUCCUGGGCGCCCUCCGUGGAGGGGGAUGGGGAGGAACCGUGUCCCGUGACUGUUUGGCAGAACCGGGUCUGUUGAGGGCAAAGGUUGCAGACAGGAGGCCUUCAGGCAUUAGGCGAGAAGAUAGCUUUGCUUGGCCCCACCUGGCGUGAGACAUUUGGGGUUAGCUGCCAACAUUUAAAACCGAGGAAAUCGCGGGUCCCAAUCUAGAUCUGGAGUUUCUGUGCUGCCCGCAGGUGAAGCUGCACAGAGGCUGCCCCGUCUCUGCUUUGCCACAGUCCCCACCACUCCCUUUUGCCUCUCCCCAGCCUGCUGUGCUGGCUGCUGGGAGACGAUGAGCCCGGAUCCAGGGCGGCCUUGCUGUGCUCUGGUUUCUGUUUCUCUGAAAAAGCCAGAGGCUUUGGCGUGAGAGCCAGCUGUUCCCACCUCGGCCUCACCCUCUAAGGCAAACUUCUCCUCUUAUCUCCGGUCAAGAGACGGCUCUGCAAACUCAAGAACGGACGUGCGUCAAGAACGGACCCCAGAAGCCCAGACGAAACCCUUUGCCCUCAGCCCUGCUGACCGAGUAUUGUCAAGGUGCAUGACGCUUUGUACUGUCCCCUGCUGGGCUGUGCAGCCCAUCUUGACUCUUCAUAAAUUUGAGAUUUCAUUUUAAAAAACCAAAGAACACUACAGAACUCUUUAAAUAAAAGCGCACAUCUCCCAUUUGCCUUAUGUGGAA